AUGCUUCACAACCUGGCCUUGGUGUCUCUUCCUAAUGAGAUAUUACUAGAAAUCUUUGCGCUUUUCCCCAAGCAUCUCCUCCUUCGUCUAAGAUGCGUCAGUCGCGCGUUCGCUCUCCUCGCCACGCCGGGUGCGUUUCGAAGCCUCCGACUUCGGGCCUAUCGCGAUGAACCCCAACGCUUCGUCCAAAUUGCCACCUCUGAAAAGCUUCGGAAUCAUGUUCGAGAAGUCACUUGCGAUACUUGGAGUGGUCCAGAUUUGGAUAGACGAACCAUCUACGAUAUGGAGACUGUUCAAACUUACUCGGAUUUCCUGAAAGCGCUACCUUAUAUCGCCUCGUUCAAGAAUCUUGAGAUCUUUCACUUAAGAUUUGGCACCGGUCAAGAAGAGGCACGAAUUAUCCGAAGCACGGUUUCUGAGCGUGUCUUCCAUUAUCUGGCAGGGAUCUCGCUUGAACACCCCUUUGGCGAGAAAUCCCAGCAAUCUCUUCCUACUGACCCUUCUACUCCUAUUCAACUCAAGACUCUUUCGAUAUCCAACCUUGAGGACGGCAUAAAUAAGACGCUUAUCAAGUCAGAGGCAUUCCAAGAUAUCAUCAGUUCACCAUAUCUCGUUGACCUCCGCCUUUACCUCGCCACCGAUACCAAGAGUCUCACACAGUCCUCCAGUAACAAGUGUUCAGAUCAGUCCGACAUGUUUGAAUCACUUCCAUACACCUGGCUCAGGCCCUCGAUUGCUGGAAACCUUCGGGUCCUCUCCCUCUACUGCCACGAACCAUGGGGUUGGUUCCCGAAGAUGGACUUUCGACUCGUUGGCGCCAGCGACGGAAUGCCCAACCUCAAAGUGCUCGCUCUCGGAAACUAUACAUUUAGCCACGAAUGGCAAGUUGAAUGGGUUGGAUCUCUAGGCAUAGAAAAGAUUUACCUAGAUGGCUGUGCUAUCCUUUUCCAAGCCAGAAAAUGGAGGGGCAUGCUGUUGGAUCAGAGCGAGACUGUGCUCCAGGGCUCAGAUGGGAGAGUGCAUGCCUUCUCCAAUAGUGGCUACUAUUUGAAGCCAACGACACCACGUUCAGGACAUGUAGCCGAGGCCAUCCACGGAACCCUUCGCUGGCAUCAUCUGCUCUCACAUUGGGCAGAGUCUAUGACUAAUUUAAGAGUCUUUAAGAUGGGCAAAGGACAUUGGGAUGAUAUCCCAAAUGAGGCUAUCGACCCAAGUUACUAUCAGAGGCUCCAUGGAGCGAGCAGUCAAGAAGUUUCGGACCAGCCUUUCAAAGAUCAUGGGUUUCGGUACUUUGAGUAUCCAUCUCCAGGAACAACUGGCAGUGGCAUACGGAAAUAUGGUACAGGCGCUUCUGGGGAUGACAAAGACAUGCUCAAGUACGUGUACUGGAGGGAGGAGUACACCGACUAUGAUGAAAUGUGGAAGAGGCGAGAAGAUGAGCGGAAAGUUGUGACGCAGGAAGAGUGGCGUAGGGAGUAUGGGCAAGAUGAGUGCAGGAAGCUCACGGAGGAUGAUAGAGCGAGAGAUAAGGCGGCGUUGGAAGCGAUGAUUUCUGCUGUUGGUACUAGAAGAGCACGCAUGAAUACACUGGGAACUAGAUGA